AUGCCGACCGCAGCGUUGCCUGCCCUCCCUUUGCUCAGACCACCACACCCUCUCUCCAGGGUGACUCAAGCUCGCUGUCGUCAUCAUUGGAGCAAUCUUUGCGCUGCUUCUCUUGUCCCAGACCAAGCGCUGCCUUAUCACAUUGACUGCCAGCUUCCCCUCACCAUCCUUCUGUCGUCAAUGCUUGUUGGAGCAAUCUUUGCGCUGCUUCUCCCAUCCCAGACCAAGCGCUGCCUUAUCACAUCGACUGCCAGCUUCCCCUCACCAUCAUCUACGCCUACCGCAGCCAUUGCCUGUCCUCCCUUUCCUUGGACCACCACAACCUCUCUCCAGGGCGACUCAAGCUCACUGUCAUCUUCAUUGGAGCAAUCUUUGCGCUGCCUCCCUAUACCAUCAACACCUUUGAUCGCCAGCCCACUGUUGAUGUGGCUUAUCAUUGCUUCCCCCACAUUAUCAACACGUCUGCCAGCUGCCUGUUUUCCCUACCCUACUGGUGCCUUAGCUGGAGGCUGA